CUCUACGAAAUAAGAUGUCGAAUACGCUUCAUACUUUCCCCAAAUUCAAUAGCCCCAUAGUUAGUCUUAAAUUCAGCGACAAGGCUGAUUUCGUUCAUUGGUAUAAUGAAGCAUUAAUGAAACAAUUCCACUGGGUCGAAAUCCAAACACCCAGUUACUUGAAGGACCAACUUCUUCAGACACAAACAAUUACCACGAAGAUUCCCGAAACCCGUCUAUACACCUGUCAAGGUCAAAUCAGACAGAAGCUAGAAGAAACAUUAUCAGAUGUCGAUUGUAAAGCGAAACUCCUCAUGCAUGAAAUGAGCGAUGGAUCUAUUGUGGUUGGGUAUUACUGGAAACACUCAGAUCAUGUCAUUAACGAUAUGACUGAACUUGUUGCCUCUGCCUUGCCCAUUGAUAUUCAGAAUUGGCUAGAAGAGCACGCUAAUACUUAUAUGAAUUGGAAGGCCAUCAAAAAUUUACUACGUAUAAUCAAGCGUAAUCCUUUGGAGCUCAAAAUAGACAACAGUAGCCAUUCAUUUCCUGUAUCUCUAUAUAACCACUAUCAAGAUGUCCAAGUUAUUGUUGAUAGUCGAAUAAGUAAAGCAAGUAAGAAAUCCCAGACAGAAGCUGAUAGUAUUUCUCUGUGGAUGAGACAACUGAAAAGCGAGGAUUAUGUCACAUUGAGUUUAAUUGGGGAGGGACAGCAAACGUUUGUGUUAUCUUGGGUUUCCCUUUGGCAAAAAAAGUUGUUACAAAAUGCACAGGAUUGGGGUAUCGACUACAUUCAUAAUACAUACAAUUUAUCCGGAAAAGAGGAUAAAAUAACCCAUAUAUUUACUAUUGUUGUUAAGGAUCCUGCUACUGAGAAGGGUGUACCUGUCUGCUUUCUUGUCACGGAUAAUGAAGUCACUUCAGCUUUAUCGCUGUGGUUCUUUUGGCUUAAAUCCAAUUUUAAAUUGCAAGUCAAACAAAUUAUCACUGACUCCUUUUCUACCGAAGUUUUUUCCAUAAUAGCUUCAUACAACAACAACAUAACAGUUACUAUGUCUCAUUGGCAUAUUGAGCAGGCGUGGGAGACACAAAUCGAAAAUCAUGCAAGUGUUGUCGGCUCGUUUCAAAAAACUUAUCGGCUACAAAAACGUGUUCGUGAAUUCUUAGACUGUAUGAUGCAUGCUCCAAAUGAAGCAUCUUUCCACCUGAGUCUUGUUCUUUUUAAAAUAGAAUUUAAAAAAUUCAGCUCAUUUAUUAAAUACUUUGAACAAAAUUGGGUUGUCAAGAAAGAACUCUGGUGUAAGGCCUGGAGGGAGCCAACCAGUUUUGAUUUUAACAACUUUAUGGAAUCAUAUCAUGCUCAUCUGAAACCUUUUUAUCCUGGUUCUGUCGACCCUCUUCGUGUUGAUCGUUUAAUUUAUUUAUUAUCUCAAGCUGUUAUGACGGACUACCAACAAGAGUCUUCUAAAGCUUUACAUGGUAAUUCAGAUCGUCAGUUGACUGAAAUUGAAGUAGAACGAGAGAGAGAGGUAUUAGCAAUCAAAUAUAGUAAAGCAUGUACCAUGGUUGAACACACAGGAAACAAACAGUAUUAUAAGUGUAAAUCGGUCAAGAAGAAAGACAUUGCUUACGACGUGAAAUCACAUGAUGGUUUUUUAAACUUUUGCGAUUGUGAGGAAGCCCCUAGUCUUUGUAAGCAUAUUUUUCUAGUUAGCCGGAUAUACCAUCUGCCUCUUUCUCUCAGCAAGCAUAGAAAAGCUACAGCUGUCCUCGAUACCGAAAGAUAUUUGAAAAUGUUUGUGAGUACGGUAAGACGAGUAGCUCAUAAAUUCCGAAAUUCUCCUGAUAAACUUGCUUUGAUUAAAGAUAUCUUACAAGAAUACUUGAAAUCAUUGGACAUUGUUGAAACAUCACACCUGUAAUGAAUAACCCGUAAAAAUAAGUUUCAUUCGACAGUUUUUACUAUCAGCAUCGCUGUCGUGUGUUCUCGUUUAUACGUUGGUGGGUAUAAUAUAACCCUUCCC